AUGAUUCUAAUAAUCGGCGCAGGCAUCUCAGGCCUAAUCCUCGCCCAGUACCUCCAUUCGCAGAGCAUCCCAUUCAAGAUCUUCGACCGUGACUCCGCCCUCGACGCUCGAACCGGCGGCUGGGGACUGACACUGCACUGGGCACUCCUGCACUCCGCACCCUUCUCCCCGCCGAGAUCGUCGAUCGGUUCCCCGAGACCGUUGUUUGAUGUCCCGGCUGAGGAGAGGAUACGGGUUAAUCGGGGGAGGUUGAGGGAACUGCUUACCACGGGGUUGGAUGUUAAGUGGAAUAAGACGUUACGCGAGAUUUGGUCAGACGAGAAGGGUGUCACGGCGGUCUUUGAGGAUGGGGAAAAGUAUAUCGGUGAGCUGCUGGUCGCGUGCGACGGGGCACGGUCUGUUGCGCGAUCAAUUUUGUAUCCCGAUGCGAAAAUGAACCCAUUACCUGUGCAGCUGCUCGGUGCUUCAACGUUAUAUUCCGCAGAAGAAAUGGGUGGCGUGCAAAACAUCGACCCGUUCAUAUUCCAGGGAUCGCAUCCUGAGACGGAUGUUUUUCUUUUCUUUAGUUUCCUCGAUACACCCUCCAACUUCAACGAAAGCAGUCGCGACCGAUACCACGUGCAGAUCAUCAUAUCCUGGGCCGAUAGCAAGGGCAUUGCCGUGCCGAAAGAGAACGUCGAUCGCAUCGCGCUCAUGAAGAGUCUUUCGGAGAAUUGGUCUGAGCCGUUUCGGUCACUCGUGCACAAGUUACCACCUGAUGCAGAGGCGCGAUCGAUUCGCAUUGAGGAUUGGAUGUUCGCUCCUGGACGACCGAAUUUGCAUCCCAGGGUUACGCUUAUGGGUGAUGCUGCACAUACUAUGACGAUGUUCCGCGGCGAAGGAGCGAAUAACGCCAUCGUUGAUGUGUUGGAUUUAGUGAAGAAUGUUGAUUUCCGGAAUGAGAGUUGCUUCGACUCCGAGGUGUUGGCUACUUCGUUGGAGAAGUAUGAAAAGGAGAUCUUUAAGCGCGUCGAGCCGAGUUUCCUGGCGUCGAGGCAGGCUUGUUUGGAUGCGCAUGAUUUUGGGAGGAUUGAGGGGAGUCCGCUUGUGCAGGCGAGGGUUUUGAGGGAGGAUUCUUGA